AUGACCCGACCUGACGGCGCCGACUCCGCCGUACCCUCUUCCGCUUCGCACGCCACGAAGACCGCCCCGACCUCCGCUGCGGUAACGCUUCCCAAGCCGUGCAUCCUUCUGAGCGCGGAGCAGCGCGGCGCACUCUCCCUCCGAAUCCUGCGACACACUCGAUCCUCGCCCUUGUCGGAUUCCGACAUCCUUGCCUUCCAAUCGCUCGUCAAUGAUUCAUUUCGAGGCCCGUACCACGACGAGAACUUUGGUGGAAAGUUGCGAUAUCCUACGACCCGGGAGCUUGUUGAUGACCUCAACCACAGCGACCAAGGAGGCUGGGUGUUCAUCCUCUCCACCGCCGAAGGAGUUCCAGUAGCAGGAGCAAAGGUUACCUUCAGUGGCGAAGGAAUGGAUGCAGGUCCAGGAAUCCAUACUCUACCCAACCCAUCCUACAUCCCAGACGAUGCACAAGAUAAGCCGGUGUUUUGGCUAGGUGCGCUGGGGUCAGUUGCACCGGGCACAGGGUCGAUGAUCAUCGCGCAUAUCAAGAAGUUCUUGGCGGAAUCUUAUCCGCACGGCUACGUGCUCAAGGCGUUUACGGUGGCGGAAUGGGGUGUCAAUCCCGACUUUGCGAUUCCACAGGAUUCGCCACUGGUGACGUUCUUCCAAAGGCAGGCGUUCAAGGUGAUCGAAUACAGUUGGAAAGCUCCAGGAACCUGGGAUAGCUUCUACGGCGGAUGUCUCGCGGCGAUAGAAGGCAACAAGGAUUGGAUACGCCGCACAUCCACGUCGGCCGUCCCCCUCGGCAAUGUGGAAAACAGCAUCGCGCUCAUAGCUGUUGCGUCGAUCGAGACUCGUGCGCUCGAGCCCAAGACCGGUUGCGUGUGCGAAAACGAGUGUGGUCGCGAGUGCUGGUACAACUUCGACAGCACCAACUCCAAGUAG